AUGUACACUGCCAUCACCGCCGUCCUCGCCGCCUCGGCCACCAUGGUCUCCGCCGGAGCCAUCCCCCUCAUGCGCCGUGACGCCGCCAGCGUCACUCCCCACGUUGAGUACUCUUCGUCCGUCGGUGUCGUCGGCUGCAAGAUCAACACCAACCGUGUGGCCUACUGGCCCAUGUCUGUCAACUGCAACGAUAUCUGCGUCAAGGUGUCCAACGGCGAUAAGAGCCUGCACCUUCUCAAGAUCGACACGUCUGGCGGUGCCUACGACAUCUCGUACGACGCCUGGAACGAGCUCGGCUUCGGCUCCUCCGCCAGGGAGGACCCCCAUAUGGGUGGCGGCAUCGAUAUGACGUACGAGUUCGUCGACAACUCUGAGUGCUCUCACCUGCUCGACGACGGCAAGCUGCCCCUCCUGGCUGCCAACAGCAUGAACUAUGUCUCUUCCUGCCUCGCCGAGCCCAGCAGCUGGGUCGCCAAGAACUACAAGCUGUACAACAUCCUUGACUCCGUCUGCCACAGCGGUAUCGAUGAGGAGUGCAGUGUCGACCUGUCCGUCAGCAACCAGCCCACCUGCCCCUCGGGUCUCGGCAGCAACUCUCCGCUCGACAACCCUGUCUGGAACAUCUCGUACGGUACCGGCAAACUCGUCAAGGCUUAA